AGGUAGCGUUUUAGCAGAGACCCAAAGCCAGCAAGCCCCAAUAGUUAAAAAAAGAAAAACAGCCUCUCAUUGCGCAUCACAUGCUGGAUAGGACGCAUGUUGCUGCGCUGUACACAAUCGAUGUAGCAGGAGUCCGGAACAGCGGACGUCAGAGUCGCCUACCUCAGAACUAAAACGGAUUUAUACCACAAAUGUUGCGCUUCCAUAAGUCAUAGUGCGAGGCUCGUUUCCAUCGCCUGGGACAUUGUUUGACGCGCCUGUGCAGCUGACACUUGGAGUAGACGAUGGGAUGUCACAUCUUCUAGAAUCUGUUGAUACCAAGUGCCUGUACCGAUUUGAUUGAAAUGUUAUAAAAGGUUCAACAUCAGCAGUAGUGCUGAGAAGAGCGGCUCAGAGAGAGAGAGCGAGAGAGAGAGGGAGGGAGGGAGGGAGGGAGGGUAUGAAGAGAGGAAGAGUUGAGACAAGAGACCCUGCUGUGGGGGAAUAAGGGGAAGCUGGACCAGGGGCUGGUCUCUCGUCAGCGUGUUUCGUGAGCCUUCCCCCCCGGAGGAUCAAAUGCUGGACGUUAUGUAAGAAGUGCAUUCACACCACUGCCUUCCACCCUGAGCUGCUGUCCCGGCUCCUCAUGUAGCCAAUGAAUAAAUAAUCAGAACAAUAGUGGAUAAAGAAGACAACAAAAGCCCGAAUUAGAAAUACAUCUCGUUAUAUGGGGAGAACCCAAGCCAUGCCCAGCCGAUGCUAUAGAACUACUUCAGUAUGAAGCCCCAGAGACUAUUUGUUUGUACAAACAUCACUUGAUAUUCUUGGAUCCGUCUUGGAGAUGACCGCGAUGGACAGCCGGUCCAGUGAGGCGUAGAGGUUUAUCUCCUUGUUUCCCCCCCGCUGCGGUCGACUGGUCCUGUGAUCCGCAGGGCCCAGUGGCAUCAUGGGACUUGAACAGGCUCAGCUGGCGGACAGCACCCUCUCACCGCUGAUGCAGUUCACAUCAGGCGACGUCACCCCGGGCUCCCGGGGGGGGCUCGGCCCCACCUAUGGCUUCGGCCGACCUCCCGUCCUCCCCUUCUCCUCCGCACCCCACUCCGCCUCCAUCCAUCAACCUCUGCCCUCUCCCCUCCCCAGUGGCUCCUCCUCCUCCUCCUCCUCCUCCUCCUCCUCCGCCUCCUCCUCCGCCUCCUCCUCGUUCAUCUCCUCCCUGCUUCUCUCCACCACCUCCUCCUCCACUUCCUCCUCCUCCUUCUCCCCUUCCUCCUCCUCCUCCUCCUUCAACCAAACCUUCAGCCUCCUCUACCCUCCUCCCUCCUCCUCCUCCUCCUCCCCCUUCCCCCUCUCCCCCUCCGGCCCCCCCGAGGGGGGGGGCGACGACGCGGGGGUCCUGGAGAGCAUGCUGCUGUGGACCCUCCGCGAGCCCGCCACCAUCGCCCUCACGCUCAUGUACUGCGCCUCCUUCGCGCUGGGCUUCGCCGGGAACCUCAUGUCCCUGCACGUGCUGACGGGCCGCGGCAGCCGGCGGCGGCGCCUGUCCGGGGUCAGCGCCACGCGCAGCCUGCUGGUCAACCUGGCGGUGUGCGACCUGGCGGUGGUGUGCGUGUGCAUGCCCGUCACCCUGGGCAUCCAGAUCUACCGGGCGUGGGUGUACGGCGACCUGCUGUGCCGCGCCGUGCCCUUCACGCAGGCCGUGUCCGUGUCGGCCAGCGUGCUCACGCUGACGGUGAUCAGCGUGAACCGCUACUACAGCGUGCGCUCGCCGCUGCGCGCCCGCUCCCUGUUCACCCGCCGCCGCACGUGGGCCACGGUGGGCGCGGUGUGGGCGGCGUCGUCCGCCAUGUGCGCGCCGCUGGCCGUCAUGAACCGCCGCCGCGAGGUCAGCUUCGGGAGCUUCUCCAUCCUGGUGUGCCAGGAGGAGUGGCCGCAGCCCAGGCUCAAGCAGGGGUACAACGUGGUUCUGUUCGUGGCCCUCUACUGCCUGCCAGUCACGUUUAACCUCAUCAUCAGCUUCCUCACCGGCAGGCGUCUCUGGGCGGGCAGGAAGUCGACCUUCUCCGAUCUGGAUCCCCGGAGCCAAGCGCUGCACAACUCCCGCCUCAAGAUGCGCCAGAAGAUCGCCAAGAUGGUGGUGUGUCUGGUGCUGCUGUUCGCCGUGUCCUGGCUGCCCCUCUACCUGGCCGACCUCUGGAUCGACCGCGAGGAGAGGCCCCCGUCCUGGCUCCUCCAGACCCGUCCCUUCGUCCAGUGGCUGGGCCUCACCAACUCCAGCCUCAACCCCAUCUGCUACUGCUUCAUCGGUAACAUCUACCGCUCGGCCAGGGUCCUACGGACGCGCUACUGCAAGAAGGCGGCCGCCCUUUUCCCCUCGGCCUCGCUCAACCACUCGCCCGCCACGACCACCGUCGACGCCACCCUCAUCACGUCGGAGCGCGGCCACGUCGCCGCGGCGACGGGCGGCGCGUCGUCGGCCGGCGUGCCCGGGCUGCUGGGCCUGGCUCGCGGCCAGGGACUGGGGAUCAGGCUGGGGCUCGGGCUGGGGAAGUGGAGAGGGGCGGCCGGGGACCACCACCUCAGCACGGACGGCAGCCGGGGGUCGGAGCGCAGCAUCUCCGACUGGUACCAGUCCAACCCCAGCGUGUGUGGGGCGGACGGGGGGGGCUCCCCGGCCGACGGCCCCCUCCGGGGCCUCCGGUGCCCGGGGCUGCACGGCGCCUCUUUGCUGCCUGCAAGAAGACAUUCUGAGAACGGGAGAAUGGAGGAGUUACCCCUGCAGGCGCAGUCUGUGGAGUAUGACACAUUGCCGGAGAGGAGGCACUCGGGGGACUCAUCUGUUUGCUUAUAGCAAAGACAUUUUUGCUGCGGAUCUGAACACUGCUGUUACCCUUGGUUACUAGAACCUGAACAAAUAUUAAAUAAGGAAAUUACAUUUGAAUAUAUCUAAUUGGAGAGGGUUACACCCUUUACGAUGAAAAUGUGAUUGCGUUAGCAUAGGUGACAGCCAUUUCAAUGAAGAGAGAGACGGUUGAAUAUAAAAAAGAUCAAAACAUUCGUAAAGGAAAAUAGCCUUAAAAGUUACAACAGAAGUGAUUGCUGACUUCUCAGUACAAGCAAGCUUCAGUUUUUACUCAAUUAUUUCUUCGGGCGAUGUGGGGUAUGUGUGUGAAGAAUUGUAAUAUUUGUUUUCAUUGUUAAUCAAACGGUUUUGGAUAAUAACCGCUAUAUAAACACAUAAAGGCAUGUUGGCUGUUUGUGCAGCAUUACUUAGAGAGAAGCGAAUGUCCGGCCAUUUUUGUGGUACGCAAUUACAAGUGUAUAUAAUAUGAGGGAUGUAAGGAAGAUGUCGUAUUGCUUCCACAAAAAAGGGAACAGUGCACGUUACAAAUAGCUAAACGUUAUUGAGUAGAUGUUUUAUGUCGUUUUGUGAAACCAAGUAUGACCGACUUUAUAUUAACUGUAAAUGACUGCAUAAAAUCGGUCUGGCUUCUUACGGAGCCAGGCUGAGUCUUUAAGCGUCUGGGGUUUUCUCUGGUUCGAUGCCGCUUCAGUGGAGUGAUGUCUUCAAGCACGUGAGGACAAUGUGAGAUUCUCUCUCCCUUGUGCAGGGAUGGUGAUCCUAGCCCUGCAAAGAGAGGAGUGCCGGAGAGUUUUGUGCCUAUCCAGAGUGCUAGGAAAAACAUAACCUUCAGGUGGUUGGUUCAAGUAGGGAAACUCUACUCGAAGUAAGGAUUCUAUCAAACAGAACAAACAAUUGCCUCCCGCCAGAUGGACAAUCUCUCCUUCGAUUCGAGAACAUUGAGUGUUUCUUUUGCUACUUUAUUAUACAUUGUGAUGCCGUUGAAUGUAUUUGUUAUCAUUUAAUCGAGUGUUAUUGUAAUCACACUUUUAUUUGAAGCCACCUUGUUGGUAAUACUAUUGGUUUUUAGUGCUAGUUAUAUUGCACUUGUAUUGCAGUUACAACCAAAUGGUCACAAAGUGAGAAAAACUGGUAGCGGUCAUUUGUUGUGAAAUAAAAUAUAUUUAGAAAAGUUAUAAUACAGCAACAUUUUUUUGAUUAUAUAAUAUUAAGUGUUAGGGCUAAUAUGCAAAUACUGUUUGUUGACUCAAAUAAGUGGAUCAGAGGAUGAACCUUGAGACGGAGUGCCACUAAAAUAGCUAUAUACUAUAGAAUAGUGAUUUGAAGGUAGGGAAGGCAAAUCAUAUUUGAAGCAUUUUUGGUUGUAUUUGUUCUUUUUAUUAGGGUUGGGGGGGGGGGUUCUCUUGUUGUUAUGUUGGGUUCAGGAAGUAACAUUUUUAUUUGGGGGCGCCCU